CUGCCUUCUGUGUGAAGUGCUGCUACCUACUAGCUCAGUAGCUAACGUCAUGCAUUAGAAGGCAAAGUUGGCAGCUGUUCAGAGUCUGGCCUUAACUAGUCUGCCUGCCAGACAGUGUUUAAACUAUAACCACUUUAACAGGAUGAAUGCCUCUUUAACAUGGCUUCACCCCCAGCCGGACAGUGUCCUCGAAACCUCGGCACAGAAAGCUGAAUCCUCGCGUCCUCCAACCUAAACAAGCCAAUGUCAACUAGCCGAAAGUAGCAGCCUGUGUAAAUCCGUGAUCAGACGUAACAGAAGCAGAAAGGAGGAGGGAGAGGAGAAAAUAAAGGAUGAUAAUGCAGCGCAUCCUCAAUAACGGGACACUGCGCCGUGUCGCAGCAAACCGCCCCUUGCUGUUGGGAGUCGCAGUCAUGGAGCCGCCGGUAGCAUUUUGUUGCUGUGCCCUCCGCCUGUCGGUACCACCAUCCGCACGACGGUGCCUGCUGUCAACGUCAGCCUUCAACAGGGCAGCCCAUCAGCCAAAACACCAGCCACCGCCGCAGGAACCACAAUCCACCUCCGUACCUUCAGCACAGGAAGCGCAGGAAAGGGAAGCUGUGCCUGAGGUUGCAGAGGUGGACCCCCUGCAGGACAAGUCCAUAGGCCUGGUCCAGAGGUUUAAGAGAACCUUUAAACAGUAUGGAAAAGUGAUGAUCCCGGUCCAUCUACUGACGUCCUCCGUCUGGUUCGGAACCUUCUAUUACGCUGCUAUGAAAGGUGUGAAUGUUGUGCCAUUCCUGGAGAUGAUAGGUCUACCAGAGUCCAUUGUAGGCCUUUUGAGAGACUCCUCAAGUGGCUACGCUCUGACUGCAUACGCCAUGUACAAGAUUGCAACCCCUGCCAGAUACACAGUGACUCUGGGCGGUACAUCACUGUCAGUUCAGUAUCUCCGCAAGCAUGGCUACUUAUCCACACCACCACCAGUCAAAGAAUACUUCCAGGACAAAAUGGAGGAGACGAAGGAGAAACUGACGGAAAAGAUGGAGGAGACAAAGGAGAGACUUUCCGAGAAAAUGGAGGAAACAAAAGGACUCUUAUCUGAAAAAAUGGAAGAGACUAAAGACAAGCUCUCUGAGAAAAUACAAGAAACCAAAGACAGAGUCUCUGACAGCAAAUCAUUUUUUAGGAAGAAAAAUGAUUAGGAAAUUACUUUUUACUGGUUGCACCUCUGAAUUAUCCUAUUAUGAUCCUAUAAAUAAUCAUUGAGUACGGGCAGAGUGACAUGGUACUAUUCUUGACCUAAAGUUUCAGCUUGCACUUCUAAGCGGUCACCUGUUGUCUAUUUAAGUGUGAAAACCCAGUCCAGUCCUUUACUGUCCAAACUUACACUUUGCACUGUAGUGUAAACUAGACAGUAGCUUCACAGACUCCUGGCAAUGCUACAACUUUAAGUCAGACAUCUCAGACUGGAUUUACACUGACUCAAGUGAUCUGGACUUUAACUCUUUGCUGGCUGUAAGCUGGUUGUUUAAAAAUAUGCAGCGUUCACAAGGAGGGGGGGGGGGGGGGAGAGGGGGAGGCCUGGGCUUCAAAAGAAUCAAUGUGCCUGUAUAAAAACAGCAUCAAUGUAAGACUAAAUGGGAGAGAGCAGCACUGAUCCUUCUGAACUUGAAGCUCAUGGUUACCUGUGUGUGCAAGUCCAUCGAAGCCUUUCUGAAGGCUGGGUAUCACUUUGUGUCUUUUCUAAUGUAAGUAGAAAGAAAUUAAGUUUUUCUAUUGUAUUUUUAACGGAUAGCCCAAGCUAAUAUAAUACAUUAUUGUACCAUUUAAUGUGGAGACUGAAAGUGUGCGUAUCAAGUGACAAAGUCAGAUUGUUUGAGAGCUGAUAAAGUCGGUCAUACAUGUGAACAUGCAGCGAGUACAGUUCAGUGUGUAUCAACACAACACAAACUGUACAACAUGGGCAGAUUGUCACAUGAAAAUCUUGGGUAGCCCAAUCUGGUAAAUAGAUAUAUGUUCUCUUCAGAAAUUUAAACAUGUCUGGUGAAAACCACAAAUCAAUAAAGUGAUAUGCUAAUAAUAAA